CGCACAAGUGCUCGCUUGUCGUUAUUGUUUUGGUGUUCUCUUUUUUGUGCAAAUAGGAGCACAACACCCAUCUUUGCUUCUCGUUGGCUUUCUAGACGAAUCGAAGCGAAAGGUCCUAACGGAGGACACGAAGCCAGAACGUCGUUGAAAAAGUACUUGUCGCAAAGUAAAAAGAACCGAGAAUGCUAGCGGGGCUAUGUCGGUCGUAUUUAAUAGGGUGUUCUCACAAGACCGCAUAAUGAUAUCUCCAGUUGUACCACGGAGCUUUUCUUCCAGAAGAAGUGAUGGUCACUGCGUGGUCUUCAUGUUGCGUAUAAAUCGAUGAAAUAACUAAGGGUACAAGCGUAUCCUGUGUAAAAACGUCCCCACCCCAGAGUUGUCAUGCAGAUUUGCCAUGACAGGAACAUUUGUGAUGCGCAACCCCAUGACAGGCAUUUUCAAUCGUGUUUGGGAACUUGUAAUGCUGUAAACAGGAUCAGAAGGUCGAUUUGUGAUGCGGCUUUCCUUGCUAACUUGCACUACCUUACGGACUGAAACUUGUCAUGCGUGACUCACAAAACUCCUAGGUUUGUGUUGCAAAAUCCACAUCCUGACUCUGGUGUGGGUACGUUUUUACUCAGGAUAAAGCGAGCGCGGCACAACUCGUGGCCAAUAGUACUGCCUCGUCUACUUCGCUGGCAGGGAACAAGAAGUGUCAGGAUGUUGGUAAAGAAGAUAUGGAAGUAGAACGGGAACGAAAUGGGCUUACUCUGCUUGAUGGCGAUAGAAGUACUAUCAAAGCCGCACUAGAAGAAAGAACCCGGCAAGAGCCUCAUGGAGACACUGCAGGCGUUGAUGGGGAUCCUCACAGGGCGGGCAGCAGCUGCUCCCACCAAUUAUGCAACGACAGUGUGGUCGAAAGAGCUGCACGUGCACCAACCGGAGGUGGAACAGAGACGGGCCUGACAAAAUCGGCCUCUCUUCACAUCGAAGAUGUCGCGAAAAAGGCAGAAGUACAAGAUUCAAGACUAGGUGCGGGGCUCCGCCCUGAGGGUAAGGGCAUUAGGAAGAGAGGACAUAAGCCUUGUUACCAACUUUUUUGCUGCUUUUUCCAACAGGAGAACAAGGGGAAACUAAGUGUUGGAGAUACCCAAACAAGAUGAAGCCUCCUGGGUCUUCUGAUGGCCUAGAAACUUCUGCCUUUUUUUCCAGUUCCUACAUGUACAUUUUGUCGAGCAUUUUUAGAUACUACUUUGAUGAUGUUUCAUGUCUCGGAAUGAAAACGGCGUGAUGCAAUGCCGCGUCGGUUGCAAAAACAUGAUCGGAAAUUCGAAGCUUAGCGUGCGGAUCCUCGCUCGCCACCGCACAAGUGCUCGCUUCUCG